AUGAUAGGUGUUAAUGAUGAUGCACUGCCUGUCUGCAGUGUCCCGGUCGUCACGGCGAUAACAAGCCGCACAGACACCACCACCGUUCCCACGGACACCCGCGACAACGGCGACGACAUCGUGUGCAAGGAUGCAAUGAGCACAAUGACGGCUACAAGUGUCAGUAAUGCAUCAAUGCAGAUUGUACAGGUCACACUCAACAUGGGUGAACGAGAAUCAUUUGAGAACAUGAGUAACGACGACGCAGUCAAGGCACUGAGGGAGAUAGAUCCAGCAGCCAGCGUCCCAUCACUCUCACCGCUGAGCAAGUGCUGGAGCGGAGGGCAGUCGCUACCGCACUUGAGCGAGAUGAUGGAGCGAUUCGGCCGAUUGAUCCGUCACGCUGCUGGUCAGCAGACAAUCAGAUUGGAAGGGGACAAGUCCGUACCGGGAAUGGAACGUGAGGCUGACGAGACUCACGAUCACCACUCCGAUGUACCGCAUCGCCAAAUGUGUGUAACCACAUCUGGGCUGGAGGUGUGA